AUGCCUCCGACGAGGCCACCACCUCCCAAGGAUAAAUCUGGAAAAAAGCCAGCAGCAGUAGCAGCGGUGCAAGAAUUAUCAUCGUUAUCGAGUAAGAAAGAUGAUAAAAUGCACGAUGCUAUGGAUAAAUUUGCUGAUGAAUUGAAUCGAUCUUCGGAUGAUGAGGAAGAGGAUGUUAUUCAAGCUGGUGAUCAGCAGUUCGUCAACGGUGGUGCCACCAAUGAGCUCAGUGAAGUGGAGAAGGAUCUUAUUCGAGAAGAACUUAGAAAAACGGAAGAGGAGAUCAAUACGCUGCGCCAAGUGCUCGUUGCACGACAAAAA